CCUCCCAAGUCCAACCUUUCUGAUUAACUUAUCUUAAAGUAAUGCUGUGUGACAUUGAGGAAGAUUAAUAAGGAGGCUCUGUCAUCGCUUCUAGUUCUCAACACCUUCAUUUGGAAAGACAACACUCUACAUAGGUUAAAAAACAAUCUAUCUGAGGAUAAUGUAUCAGGCAGAACACCGGGACUGAGAUUUGUUUUGUGUUUUAGAUCAGCUCGCAUCUUUCUGGAGAGAAGCUGGUGGGAUUCUGCAAGAAUUGACUUUUCAUGUUGGUCUUGAAACACCAGAAAAGAUUUAAAUACUGCAGUGGAUUUUGAGUUGAACUGAAUUGCAGCAGGUACUUUAUUUAAAGAAUGUCUUGGUUUCAGCAUAAACAAUUCUCACAAAUCAUAGGAUCCCUACAGUGUGGAAACAGGCCCUUCAGCCCAUUCAGUCUGUUUUUAAGUUUGAAAUCUAGUAGAGUUUUGAGGAAUCUAGAGAAUGACAGAAUAAAAAGCCAAGAUCCUAUUAGUUGACCAAGUGUUGAUGAUGAAUGAUUUCUGACAAGAUACAAAUGUAAGGAGACUUUCUCUGAGGAGCACCAACGAAAUACUACACACACAGGUCCAAGCCUGAUAUUCAUGACUUGAUCUUCAGGAAGUAGUACUCUGCUUUGUGUCCUCUGGCAAGGAAUAUCAUGAAAACCACCAAUGUGAGCUCUAGCAUGGACCUGUAUAGGAACAAUGAUGUCUAUGCCUAUCAUCGUAUCAGUGCUACACCAACAAAUUACAAGGAGCGCAAAAAGCUUCGCUACUCAGUACCUCCUGCCCAAAUUCCGACAGGCAAACACUUGUUGGCAUAUCUCCCUCGGAUUCCAAUGGACUCAGGCCAAUAUGGAACAUUUUCAGUAAAGCCAGAAACCAAGUUGAUAAAAACAUCAGGAGAGAUUCCAAAAUCUUCACAACAUAGAGAUUCCUCAUCUUCUGGGAGAGCUAGCAUUAUAUCAAACCUAAAGCCAUUGACCAGCAGGGAGAACCGUGAGACACAGACAACCAAUGAUGCAUCAUCUCUUCAUUUUGAUUUCAGGCCAUCCACAAAUUGCCCACCAGCUGCCCCCAACUCAAACUCCAAGCAGAAAUUAAAUGUGGCCAUCAAUGUGGAUGAGUGUCCCAGGCACCAUCGGAUAUUCACUAGCGGCUCAAAUUUCCGUGACUUCAAUUCCAAAACGUGGUAUCCAAGGCAUGCUGGCAGCUUACCUGAUCUUCCAAACCAUUCUCGGAAUUUACGAUCUUCAACAAAAAGUGUCUUAUCUUAUCCUGGUUCUCUAAAACAAAGGUGCAAGCUGAUGAAUGACAACCAGCAACAGUUCACGUUUGCAUGUCAGCAGAAACGACAGCGUUAUGUGAUGAAAGAUGGGAAAUGCCAAGUCAAUCUUGGAUACAUUGAAGAAAAGCACAAGUUCUUGUUUGACAUUUUCACUACUGUAGUAGAUUUGAAGUACCGCUGGUUUCUUUUUGUCUUCAUGAUGUGUUACCUUUUGACUUGGGUAACUUUUGGAUUUUUGUACUUCCUGGAUGCAUACAUUAGAGGUGAUAUUAACCAUGCAGGUGAAACCGAUUGGAAACCCUGCUUAGAUAAUGUGGAUGGCUUCAUUUCUGCCUUACUGUUAUCUAUUGAAAGUCAAAGGACAAUUGGCUAUGGGUCUCGUAUGGUGACAUCUAAUUGUGCAGAAGGUGUCAUUUUACUUAUAGCUCAAUGCAUCGUUGGUUCAAUGAUUGAUGCCAUGAUGGUGGGCUGUGUGUUUGUGAAGAUCUCUCGCCCCAAGAAGCGGGCUGAGACUCUGAAGUUUAGUAAAUAUGCAGUAAUAUCACACAGGGAUGAUGAACUUUGCCUGAUGUUUAGAAUUGGCGACCUGAGGGAAAGCCAUAUGGUUGAUGCAAAACUAAGGGCCAAGCUCAUCAAAUCUAGACAAACAAAGGAGGGUGAGUUCAUACCUCUAGAUCAAACAGAAAUCAACCUUGGCUAUGACACAGGGAAAGACCGCCUUUUCCUGGUAGAACCCCAGACCAUUAGCCACGUCAUCAAUGAGAACAGUCCUUUCUGGAAAAUGUGUGCUGAGUCAAUGAAGAGGGAACAGUUUGAAAUGAUCGUAAUCCUGGAAGGCAUAGUGGAAUCCACAGGAAUGACCUGCCAAGCAAGGACUUCCUAUAAAGAAGAUGAGAUUCUCUGGGGCCACCGGUUUGAGUCUUGCAUCCUCUUAGAGAAAGGUGCAUUCCGAGUUGAUUACACGAAGUUUGACAAGACAUUUGAGGUACAAAUGCCGCCAGGCAGUGCAAAGGACAUGCACGAGGCAAAAGAAAUAGAGAGAAACUACCUGUCCUCACUCCAUUUGCACUGGGAGAAUCUGAAUCAUUCCUGUGCUAAAGAACAGGGCCAUAAUUUGACUGAGAAUUCCAAUAUUAUGGAAGAGAAUAAUAUGGAAGAUGUUGAGAAUGACUAAAGAUGACAAAUUUCUUGCAGUAAUUAAAAUAGCAUUCUGAAAUCAAGGGGAUAUUGAAAAAUAAAAUCACUUUAAAGCCACUGAGGAUCAGAGCAGAAAUAAUUAAUCUGAACUAGACUAAGACCUUCAGCAAGAGCUGAACAGGAAAUGAAGUGGAACAUGAUUGUUGCAAAGUCUGCAACAUUGGUUUCUAUUAGAAAGCAAGAUUUAAGGUUGGAAGAUUACUACGUAGGAGUGGGUAGAUAUUCUAAUUUUGCACUUGAUAGACUAUUGGGGGUCAUUUUGAAGAAUUUGGUGGAUUCAAAUGAUGUGAAAAGAAGCCACAAAUAAGUUGGCAAGUGGUUUGUGCAAACACUUGACUUGUUGGGCUGAAUGGCCUUUCCUCACUCUAGGCUUUGAUAUGUUUAUGAAUGAAGCUUCUUCGUCGUUUCUCCAUAUUGGGGUGUGAUAUUACACAGGCAGUAUGCAGGUUGCGAACAGGCUCUGAACACAAUACAGGACAAUGUAAAAUAGCUGUCCGUAUGUACGAGGGAAAUGUUUGCAAGUCGGAUCUUUAAAAUUAAUAUUAAUACACCACUGCAUGUGAUUGCAUUUGUGACUAUGAACAUACAACAUAGACCACUACAGCUCAGUACAGGCCCUUUGGCCCUCGAUGUUGCGCAGACCUGUGAAACUAAUCUGAAGCCCAUCUAACCUACACUAUUCCAUUAUUAUCCAUAUGUUUACCCAAUGACAAUUUAAAUGCCCUUAAACUUGGGGACUCUACUACUGUUGCAGCCAGGGCAUUCCACGCCCUUACUAUUCUCUGAGUAAAGAACCUACCUCUGACAUCUGUCCUAUAUCUAUUAAUUUAAAGCUAUGUCCCCUCGUGCUAGUCAUCACCAUCCGAGGAAAAUGGUUCUCACUGUCCACCAUAUCUAGUCCUCUGAUCAUCUUGUAUGUCUCUAUUAAGUCACCGAUUAACCUUCUUCUCUCUAACAAAAACAGCCUCAAGUCCCUCAGCCUUUCCUCCACACCAGGCAACAUCCUGGUAAAUCUCCUCUGCACCCUUUCCGAUGCUUCCACAUCCUUCCUAUAAUGCGGCAACCAGAACUGUACGCAAUACUCCAAGUGCGGCCACACCAGAGUUUUUUUACAGCUACAACAUGACCUCAUGGCUCCGAAACGCAAUCCCUCUACCAAUAAAACCUAACACACUGUACGCCUUCUUAACAAACCUAUCAACCUGGGUGGCAACUUUCAGGGAUCUAUGUACAUGGACACCGAGAUCUCUCUGCUCAUCUACACUGACAAGAAUCUUGACAUUAGCCCAGUACUCUGUCUUCCUGUUACUCCUUCCAAAGUGAAUCACCUCACGCUUUUCCAUAUUAAACUCCAUUUGCCACCUCUCAGCCCAGCUCUGCAGCUUAUCUUUGUCCCUCUGUAACCUGCAACAUCCUUCUGCACUAUCUACAACUCCACCGACUUUAGUGUCAACUGCAAAUUUACUAACUCAUCUUUCUAUGCCUUCAUCCAGGCCAUUUAUAAAAAUGACAAACAACAGUGACCCCAAAACAGAUCCUUGCCGUACACCACUAGUAACUGAACUCCAGGAUGAAGCUUUGUAAGUCAGAUAUUCAUAAAUUAGGGUCUGCCUGUAGUUUGAUUAAGCUGUAGCUUUCAAGAGCUAACUUGAUUCAAGUAACAAAGCCUAUCUCAUUUUAAAGUUAUCCAGAUUUCAAUACUCACUGGAGACUAUAGUACAUAACCGACAAUGGUUUUGAAAUUCCUGGGCUCCUGAAGACUGAAGAAUGGUUAGAGUCAUAGUGUCAGCAUGGGAACACACCCUUCAUUUCAACUCGGCCAUGCCGACGUCCUAAAUUAAUCGAGUCCCAUUUUCCAGUAUUUGGACUACAACCUUCUAAAUGUUUCCUAAUCAUAUACUCAUCCAGAUGUCUUUUAAAUCUUGUAAUUGUACCUGACUCCACCACCCUCUCUUGCAGCUCUUUCCACACAUGCACCAACCUCUGUGUGAAAAAGUUGCCCCUUAGGCCCCUUUUAAGUCUUUGCCCCCUCACCUUAAACUUAUGCCCUGCCCUCUAGUUUUGGAUUCUCCCACCCUAGGGAAAAUAUCUUGUCUAUUCACUUUAUCCACACUUCUCAUGGUUUUAUAAAGCUCUAUAAGGUCACCCCUCAGCCUCUGAUGGUCCAGGGAAAAUAGACCUGGCUUAUUAGCAUCUUCCUAUAGCUCAGACCCUCCAACCCUGGCAAAUUCCUUGUAAAUAUAUUCUAAAUCCUUUCAGGUUUCACAAUAAAUCAGUGAAACCAGAAUUGCAUGCAGUAUUCUAAAAGUGGCCUAACCAAUGUCCUGUACAGGUGAACACGACCUCCCAACUCCAAUUGUGUUGGAAGUAUUAGAAUGUAUGAAGGUGGAUAAAUCUCCUGAUCCUGAUCAGAUAUAUCCAAGAACCCUACAAGAGGCUAGAGAGGAAAUUGUGGGGCCCUGGCUGAUAUAUUUGCAUCAUCAUUAGCCAUGAAUGAGGUCCCAGAAGACUGGGAGAUAGCAUGUCCUUAUUCAAGAAGGGCUGCAACGAAAGACGUGGGAAUAUAGACCAGUAUGCUUAACAUCCGUAAUAGGUAAGUUGCUUGAGAAGAUUCUGAGGGAUAAGGGAUACAUCAUUGAGAAAGACAGGGUUUGAUUAGGAGUGGUCAGCAUAGCUUAGUUCAUAGGAGAUCAUGACUCACAGAUUUUUUAGAGCUCUUUGAUGAAGUGACCAGGAAGAUCGAUGAGGGAAGGGCAGUAGACAUAAGUCUAUGUGGAUUUCAGUAAGGCGUUUGAUAACGUUCCACAUGGUCAGCUGCUCUGGAAAGUUAGAUGACAUAGAAUCCAGGGAGAGCUGGCAAAUUGGAUUCACAAUUGGCUUGAUGGUAGGAAGCACAGACUAAUAUUGGAAGGAUGCUGUCAGACUGAAGGCCUGUGAAUAGUGCUGUGCCUCAGGGGUCUUUGUUGGGCCCAUUGUUGUUUGUUAUCUAUAUCAAUGAUUUGAAUGAGAACAUACAAGGUUUUGAUUUAAUAAGUUUGUGGAUGACAUUAAAAUAGGUAGUAUCAUGGACAAUGUGGUAGGUUUUCAGAAAUUGCAGCAGGAUCUUGAUCAGCUGGGGAAAUGGGCAGAGAAGUAGCAAAUGGAGGUGUUGCACUUUAGAGUGCCAAAUCAAGGGAGGAGCUUCACAGUGAAUGGUAGAGCCUUAAAGAGUGUAGUGGAACAGAGGGGCUUUGGAGUUCAGGUACAUGGUUCUCUGAAAGAGGAGUCAUAGGUAGGUAGGGCAGUGAAGAAGGCUUUUGGCACACUGGCCUUCAUCAGUCAGGGCAUGGUGUACAGAAGUUGGGAAGAUAUGUUGCAGUUGUACAGGACAUUGGUGAGACCACAUUUGAAGUAUUGUGUUUAAUUUUUCGUCUCAUUGCUAUAGGAAAGAUGUUAUUAAACUGGAAAGAUCGCAGAAGAAAUUUACAAGGAUGUUGCCAGGACUCAAGGGGCUGAGUUAUAGGGAGAGGUUGGUCAAGCGAGUUUUGCGAAGAUUUGUAGCUGAGGUUGAGUU